AUGUCGCGGGCAGAAGCAACAGCAGCGCCUGCUGCUGCUGCUGCUGCUGCUGCUGCAGCAGAAGCAACAGAAGCAGCAGCAGCAGCAGCUGAUGCCGGCUCGAAGCGGCGGAGCCCCCUAGACAGCUCCGCGCCCCCCGCGGAGCUCCCCGAAGACCCCGCCCCCAGCACCGCCAACCCCAGCAGCAGCAGCAGCAGCAGCAGCAGCAGCAGCAGCAGCAGCAACAGCAGCAGCAGCAGCAGCAGCAGCAGCAGCAGCACGGCGAAGCGCGUGCGGCGCACUUGCCCCUAUUUAGGCACCAUCAACAAACACAUGUUGGACUUCGACUUUGAAAAAGUCUGCAGCAUUUGCCUUUCCAACCAGCACGUCUACGCCUGUUUGGUUUGUGGCCGAUACUUCCAAGGCCGGGGGAAGUCCACCUUCGCGUUCAUGCAUGCGCUGGAGCAGCGCCACUUCGUUUAUGUCAAUUUGACAACUUGCAAAGUUUAUUGUCUUCCGGACAAUUACGAAGUCCAGGACUAUUCUCUGCAAGACAUCAUUUACAACUUAAACCCCACUUAUACCCCCCAAGACGUCGCUCGGCUGUCUGCGGAGGUCUUCUACGGCAAGUCUUUAGACGGCGCGGACUUUUUGCCGGGCUGCGUGGGGCUGAACAACUUGAGCAAAACGGACUUCUUUGCAGUUAUAAUUCAAAGCCUCUGCACUAUUAUUCCUCUUCGCAACUAUUUGCUCUUGCUGGACUUGUCUGAAAAGCAAAAAUACAAUUCUGUCUUGAAGACUUUGUCGGAGUUAAUGCGAAAGAUUUUUAACAGAAGAAACUUCAAGGGAAUUGUUUCUCCCCACGAGUUUCUGCAGGCUGUUGGCGUGGAAAGCAAGAAGAAGUUUCGCAUUGGGGAACAGUCGGACCCGCUGGCUCUCUUUGCCUGGCUCUUGAAUGUGCUGCAUAGAGACCAAAGGGACAAAAAAACUGGGGGGUCUAUUAUUCACGAUUGCUUCCAAGGGGAAGUUCUUGUCACCGACGCUCAAAGUGAAGAGGGCAAGAAAACGCCUUUUUUGUAUUUGACCCUCGACUUGCCGCCAGCGCCGAUUUUCAAGGACUCUCUUGACCGCAACAUGAUCCCCACAGUUCCUAUUUUCGACUUGUUGCAGAAAUUCGACGGCGAGACGGACAGUGGCCCCACGCCCCUGCAGCGCAAGAAGUGCAGUCUUUACAAACUGCCGCGCUAUUUGGUUCUCGCGGUGAAGAGGUUUUCCAAAAAUAAUUUCUUUGUCGAAAAGAAUCCAACAAUUGUGACAUUUCCCGUCAAGAACCUUGACCUGAGGGAAUAUGUCCACCCAGAUGCACUGGAAGACAAUCCUGUAACCCGCUAUAAUUUGGUUGCAAAUAUUUGCCACCAGGGAAAGCCCCACGACGGGUUUUAUAAAGCACAAGUGCUGCAUGCACCAACAAACGAAUGGCACGAAAUGGAAGAUCUGCGGGUGACUCCGGUGUUGCCUCAGUUUGUGGCGCUAUCAGAGGCGUACAUCCAGUUUUACCAAAGACAAGACAUUAUGACUGACGGCUCCCUCGAUGAAGCUUUGCAGCAAAAGUGUCUUCAAGAAAUGAAAAAAGUCAAAACUCAGGCGGAGCCCGAAGACGAAAUUGAAGACAUUUUCGCUGUUUGA